AGUCGGCGUGCCGGCGCGCACGUGGCUGUGAGCGUGCGCGCCUAGCAGCGCACCAGCUCCUUCAAUCCUGCCGCGGUUUUCAUCGGGAUCGGUCGCGUUCUAAUUACAACGCACUCUACAAUGAUCGAGUGUGUCACGCUUGACAAGUUCGGUACGUCCCAACGGUGGCCCGUGCGCCGCUUGGACCGGCACGGCUAUAUCGAUAUGGCAGCCGACUCAACGGGCGCCCGUGGCUGGUACGCGGAUAAUUCUGAUUCGUACCACGAGUGUUUCCUUCCGCCGCCGUCCACGCCGCUCGCGGUCCACCACAGGCGGCUGCCGUUGCCACCGCCGCUGUCGACAGGCAAGUCGGUGAACAGUAAAGACGCACUCGAGGACAAGAAAGAUGACAAUGAGCUGUGGGACGCGCAGGCCGCCUUCCUCGGCCCAAACCUCUGGGAGAAGACGCUGCCCUACGACCCUGAUCUCAAGGUACAAGAAUACGUGGACCUAGAUGAGUUCCUGUCGGAGAAUGGCAUGCCGGGCGAGGGGCUGGGUGGCGCGCACCUCGGCGGCUCGGCGUUCGGGCCCGGCGCGGGGCUCGCGCUCGGCCUCCAGGCGCCGGUCACCAAACGCGAGCGGUCGCCCUCCCCCUCCGACUGCAUGAGCCCAGACACCAUCAACCCUCCGCUCUCGCCCGCAGACUCCACAUUUUCAAUGGCGUCGUCGGGGCGUGACUUUGAUCCCCGGACGCGUGCUUUCUCCGAUGAGGAGCUGAAGCCGCAGCCGAUGAUCAAGAAGUCCCGGAAACAGGGUGGUUUGAGUGUGUGGCGCGGCGUCCUAACCCCAUAUCGACGUCGUCGGCAGUUCGUGCCAGACGAUCUCAAAGAUGACAAGUACUGGGCGCGCCGGCGGAAGAACAACAUGGCGGCGAAGCGGUCCCGCGACGCGCGCCGCAUGAAGGAGAACCAGAUCGCACUACGGGCUGGCUACCUCGAGAAAGAGAACAUGGGGCUGCGACAAGAAGUAGAACUGCUUAAGAAAGAAAACCACAUUCUCCGUGAGAAGUUAUCAAAGUACGCGGACGUAUAGGCGGCCCUUCCCAAUUACCCGCAUAGCACAAACACGCCACACGACAUGUCGCGGGCGCAACACUGGCGUGCGCGCGCGGACCCCUCCCCGCGCCGCCCACCACCUCCGGACUCCGGACACAUUGCUCUACUUGUUUCAUUAUCGCAUAAUUUUAAGAAAUCAAACUGAUGUUACUUUGUAAUGCUAUACGAAUUUGUUCGCACCCAUCAGUACGACAAGUUCUGUCGCCCCCGUCUCCGUCUCCGUCUCCGCUGGUGGCUGGCGGGGUGUGCCGCCGUCGUUUCGCGCGCCGCACACUUCGCUCGUCCGCAGCCACCUCCGUUCUCUUGUAAAACUAUCGAUUUGCUGAAUAUUGUUUCGUUAUACGUUAUAUUGUUUAAUGAACGUGAUAAUUACUAAAUAUAUUAUAUCGUGUAGUUAUGCUGCUCAUUCAGCGAAUCGAUAAGUGUACACGUGACGCAUGUUGUUCAUAGAUAGGAUUAAAGAUAUCGCAGUUACCGUAAGUUUAUCUAAUUAGUUUAAUAGGUAAAUCUUAACCAAAGUUCCGCUCGAGCUUUGAUCUGUCGUCGUCUCUAAUUCCUUCACUCGGACUCAGUUCGACACUCAACAGGGUUAGUCAACGACGUAUGGACCAAAUUUUAUGGAAAUUGUUAUUUUUGAAUGGUGAUUGUUGUGUCCCGUCCCAAGCGUGCGCCGCGUCGCCGUCGCGUCCGUGUCGCGUCCGCGGCGACUGUCCGACCCGAGUGCGGAUAUUGUAAUAAGUUAAUGUUGUUGAAUAUUUAUAUUGAUACCGGCACCGGUGGCAGCAGGCCGCCGCACGCAAGUUUGCUCAAGUGGCUCGCGUACGCAUUCGCAAUAUGUAGUGGCUGCGUCUGUAUAUAGAUAGAUUUAAUAAGGCGUCGGGGCGGCCCCCGGCCGCACCCCGGACACUCGAACCUACUCGAAAUCUGUAUUAUAAAAAACGUCGCUGUUGUAAACUCUGUCCCCGUCCGUCCCCCUCUUCUGGAACUUCUCCUCUGAGCCGUCGGUGGCCGCCGCGCCCGAGCGAGCCGUGUCCGGGGCCGCGCCGUCGGUCCACGCCCGCGUCCGCGUCCGCGCCCGCGCCAUCGCCGGCGCGGCCGCGUUUGCUGCUCCCUCGUCCCUCUAGCUCGCUUCUUAGGACUGCUCCGUAUGAGAUUAAAUCCCAAAAGGGACCCAGGGCCGCCUCGCGCGAUUCCCUACCCCGUUACAUACCCUCUGUCGUUUCCGUAGAGAGCGAUAACACUAGUGUCGUUUCAAAUUUACUUAGUGGAUAGUUUAAGUAGUACGUAGAUUCCGUAGUGUAGUCGUUAUUAGUCUAUUUUUGUUAUGGCUGUAGUUGUUAACGUUUUUGAAAGUUUAUAUAAUUUUUUUUAGUUGUAAAGAGACUCGCGUUAUUGUAUCGAUAUGGGUAGGACCCGCAUAUAGAGAUAAUCGGCGCCCCGCGUCUACACCGCUCCCAGAGAGUGAGGCCGCGCUCGCCCGCCGGCGGCUGCGCGCGGCCACGCACGCUGCGCUGCGCAAGCGCUGUGCGCGGCGCUGCGCUGCGCAGGCGCCGGCGGCCGCGCUCGCCGCCACCGCGGACAGGUCCCCGCGGCCGCGUCCUAACGCACUGACUACGUCUCCUAGACGUUUCCUCCGCACUCUAUUUGACUCGUGCUAUUGUUAUAAUAUAUUUUUGUAGGUUUUUGUCGUUGAUAAAUGAGUCAAUUGAAUGUUUAAUGAAUUGAAGAAAAAUUAAUGUUUAUAACUAAGACUAAGAAGUUGUUGCAUUUGAAAGUAUUUUAUGGAUACAAAGCGAGAACAAUAAAAUGUUUUUUCUAUAAAGAUUUACAUGUGAGGGAUUCUACAAAGGUGUGAAGGUUAAAUUUGGAAAUGCACUGUUUCAUAUCAAACGAUAUUAUAUUAUGUAUUAUAACUUAAUGUUAAUCGGCUGCGCAGUGCGGCAUUUGAUAUUCCAUCUUGUUUGUUAAAAAAUAUACAUUGGAUUAUGCAAUUUGUGUAUAUUGGUACCUAUACAUACAUGAUAUAAUUGUUUCUCCGAAAAUUGUAAUAUGGGUAUAAUGAUGUAAUAUUAUAUUAUUAAGGUAUCGUGAUAAGAAGGAGUCGUAUGUAAGAACAUUGUGGUAAUGUAUACCUAACUUUAUGAGUGAAGUGUCUGUGAAGUGGUUCGGGCGGGGCCGACGCGGCGCCUGCGAUGUCGGCGCUCGAGCUCGAGCCGCGGCCGCGGCCGCCGCGCGCGCCGCCGUCCCCUCCCUCGCCCACCCGCCGUCGCACCGCUCCCGACCUGACCCGACCCGACCCGACCCGACCCGACCGCCCCAUCCCGCACCGUCCCGCCCCGCCCCGCCCCGCCCCGCCACACCUCGCCCCGGCCCAGCGCCCGGUCCGCGCCCGUCGACCGCGCCUCACUCCCACCUCGCACCUCUCCUCUCUGUCUCCUUAUUUAUUACUUAUUUAUAAAAUGCCCUCACCGACGAGGUCAUUAGCUAAUGUUAACAUCUCUAAAUUGCAACAACAUAAAACCAUAUUGAUUUAAUGUACGAGUAGUAUUUUGUUUGAUUUUAAUUUAUAUGGUUCUAUGGAUUGAAAUAAACGUUAAUUGUUGUAUUUA